AUGAGAGCUUUCCGACCGAUCCUCAGGAGGGGGUUCUCCUCGCUCCACCAGAAGCCAUUCACCCUUCCUCCUCCAAAGCUUAUUUCAUCAUCCAAAUUGGUCGACGAGGAACGCGUGCCGUGGUACGGGCACAACAGAUUCUACCCCGCAAAACCUGGAGAUGUUCUGGCCGAUUGCUUUCAGAUCUUGGUCAAGAUUGGCUAUGGUAGCUCUUCAACAGCAUGGCUUGCGCGUGAUCUCCGGCAGUAUGUUAAUUCUAUGAUCUCAUCACCGAACAUUGCGCUAAACAGUGUCAGUGACUCUAGUGAUGGCGAGGUUGUGGUAACAUUAAAAAUCACCAACAGCGACGGUGCUGUAUCUGAGCAAGAGCUCGAAAUAGAGGAGCAUAUCGCCAAGUCCGGCUCGUCACAUGGUGGGCGUGCACUGCUACGAACGAACUUGGAGUACUUUCAAGUGGAAGGCCCACAGGGCAAACAUCUAUGUCUAGCAUACCCACCUAUGAGGGAGUCCCUCUGGCGUUUUCAGAGACGGUUUGAGAAUUCGGUUGUGCCCUUUCCCCUUCUUAAAGUGUAUCUGGUUAUCUUGUUGGAAGCCUUGGACUGCCUCCACACAGCUUGCGGCGUUGUUCAUUCAGAUCUGAAGCUCGAAAAUAUUAUGAUGCCCUUCGAAGACGGCGAGGUGCUGUCUAACUUCCUGAAUCAGCAUUUAGAACAGCCGGCCGAGUACAAAAUCGAUGCUACUGGUCGACACGUUUAUCGUCACAACAGUGAUUUUGGCGAUCUCAGACGUUUGUGGAUGAAUAUGGUCCCACAUAUUGUUGAUUUUGGGUCGUCUCUACAACUCCAUGGUGAGACUGGACGGGGUCUCUAUCCAAUUCAAUCAAAUCAGUAUCGUGCACCAGAGGUCACGCUUGGGUUUCCCUGGAACAGAAGCGCGGAUAUCUGGAAUCUUGGAACUUUGAUCUGGGACAUGGCCGAAGGGACAGAGCUUUUCCAGCAAGCUCAAGAUCCCACUGGAAACUAUAAUGCCAAGGCGCAUCUUGCGGAAAUGAUCGCACUACUUGGGCCGCCUCCUCCAAAUCUCAUCAGUGCAUCUCACUCCACACUGGUAUUGAAAUGGCCACAGAAAAUACAGCUCUACGGUGGCGAACUUUGUGAGAAUGCAAUGGAAAUGUUCCACGGUCCAUUUUUCGACGAUGACGGCAAUUUCCUGCAUCAACAGCUAAUCCCCGAUCGAAAGAUCGAAGAUACACUACCACUUCUGGAAAAGAAAGACAGAUACGAACUCUUAUCGUUCGCAAGGAAGAUGCUUACCUGGGACCCAGAAGAAAGGCCAACUGCUCGUGAGCUCCUAGAACAUUCAUUCCUCAAACUGCAAUAG